AUGGUUCAAUCAAUCCAUCUAGCACACACCCCGGCCAACGUGACCCUUUAUGUCGCCGUAUACCGUGAGGUCGAAAACGCGGCCUUCCUCAAGCAACAACUACUGGCUGGGAACGCAGAGUUUGAAUACGCAUUCAUUGAUGCUAGUAUGAUACUUUCAACAAAACAUGCCCUCGCAGCAGCAUUUCGGGCCAUCAACGACUCUAUCAAUGAGCGGCUCAAGUCGCGGAAUGUCCAUUCGGAAAUCGUGUUUUGCUUGAGUCCUAAUAACAAUAUCGGCGAAGCAUUCCGGCGUUACGGCGUGUCGGAGACCACCAAAGAUCUACUCGUCAUGAAAGUCGCUACGACGCCCGACGUGACGUUUGAGAGUGUCAGCGCCCAUCUAUCGACACACGUUCAAGGCAAAGAAUAUCCUUUUGACGAUUCCACGUUCCACGAGACUGCAGACGUCGAUCGCAUUCGGAAAGCUUAUAAGCUCUCCAGUCUGGCGCCCAAGUCGGCACCAGCGAAAUCCGCCAAAGUUCUUAAUGGAGUCACCAAUGGCGAAAAGGUCGACCUGACCAAAAAUCUCGAGGUCCAGAUCCUCGGACUCAUGGCGAUAAGAGGCGCCACCUGA